AUGCCUAACAUAGGAGGACCAUGGCCGGCACGUAGAAAAUUACUAUCAACAGUCGUAGACUCGAUCCAACUGUAUGGCGCUUCGACGUGGGCAGCACGGGUCUUGCCAGCAGAUGUAGACCGACAUAUGGGAUCGGUUCAGCGCAAGAUAUAUACGUAUUAUCAGCGCAUGGCGGUCGGUCUCAAGGGACGCAGAAAAUGUAUUGGCAGGAGUACCACCAGUGAGACUGAGGCAACAAAAGACGGAAGAUGGACCUACGAACUCAUUCCAAGACUAAGAGAAUGGGUACUCAGAAGAUACGGAGUGGUCGACUACUACCUCACGCAGGCACUAAGUGGACAUGGAUCCUUUGGAGUUUACCGGGCCAAGAGAGGGUUUCGUCCAGACAGCAAGUGCACUUUUUGCGGAGAAGAAAAGGAUGACGCGGAGCACACACUGUUUGAGUGCCCUGCAAAUGAAUGUGAGAGACAAAGACUGACAGUAGAACUAGGAUUGACUCGAAUAACGAAAGACAACCUGAUACUGACCAUGUUGACGACGCAAGAGAGAUGGGACGAUAUAGCUACCUUCAUCAGGGGAGCAAUGAAGACCAAAGAAGAAAAGGAGAGAGAAACGAGAAGAAGAGACUGA